AUGGCUGCGGCGGGGGGCGCGGUGAGCCGAAGGGGCCCCGGGCGGCCCUGUCCCUUCUCCAUCGAGCACAUCCUUUCCAACCUGCCCGAGCGGAGCCCCCCGGCACGGGCCGCCCGCACCCCGCAGCCCGCCGGCCACCAGAGCCCCGCGGAAUCCGGAGAGCCCGGGGCGCCCGAGGCCGCGCCUUGCGCCUGCUGCUGCUGCUGCGGACCCCGCGCCACGCGCCCACUGGUGGCCCCAGACCGGCCUCAGCGGGCUGGACGCUGGAGGCUCUUCAUGCAGAAUCAGUACCCCGACGUGGGCACGCGCGGUAUCCUGGCCCAAACCCGCAUCCGCCUGCGCGAGGAACGCGUGGAGGUCUGGUUCAAGAACCGCCGGGCCAAGUGGCGACAUCAGAAGCGCGCGUCAGCGACCUCGAGGCUCCUCCCCGGAACCAAGAAGCCCGCAAAGGAGAGCUGCUGA